CAUACCCCCUGUUUGUAUUAAUACAUUAAGCUGGUUCGCUUUUGUUGAAGAUUCUGGUUUUCCUUUAGAUCAGAAACCAUGGGACACACUUUCUGCUUAGUUGGACGAUACAUCACAUGCCAGCAAAAAUAAACUUGGAAGAAUACUGAUUUGUCAAUGUCCUCUAGCCCUUGUAUAUAUACAAGGUUGAAGUGUUUGGUUUGAACAACUCCUCUGUAGCAGUGUUUGCAUAAACAAGAGUGAAAAGCUUCCUUCUAUCACACAGAACCUUAAUGGCUGAUUCACUUGAGAUUUCUAAAACCACACUCCACUCUACCUCAUUCAGCUUGCCUUCAAGAAGUCACCCUCUAGCAACAGCUGUCGAAGAGCUGUUGCAGAGGCUGAAUUCAUCGGAUGCAACUUCCUCAUCUCCGGCCUCAUCAGCACCCCGAAAGUUAGGAGGCCUCAAAGAUCUGUACGACUGCAUUGAUGAUUGGCUUCAAAUGGCUCUAAACCAGCAGGCUCUUUCCCAUGAACACCAUAGGAGUUCCAUGGAAGAGUUGUUGGACAGAUCUUUGAAGCUAUUGGACGUUUGUGGGAAUGUGAAAGACAUUUUUUCACAGACGAAAGAAUGCAUCCAGGAACUUGAGUCAUCAUUCCGGAGAAGGAGACGAGGAAAUCCUGCACAGUCAAGUGAAGUCGAGACAUACAAAAAAUCAAGGAAAAGAUUGCAGAAGAUGGUCGCAAAGCUUUUGGAUCAUUUGAAGAAGAUGGAGAGGAAAAAUAACCUGAGAAAACACACGAAUCCUGAGGCUACUCUCAGCAUACUAAGAGAAGCUGAAGAAAUCAGCUUAACAGUAUUUGAGUCCCUGUUACAUGUCCUUUUAGGGCCAAGGGAAAGAUCAAAGCCUAUCGGUUGGUCUUUGGUCUCAAAUAUGUUGUCACCUAAACACAUAUCAUGUGAUGAGAAAGCGGAAUAUGACAAAAUCGAAGGCCUGGAUGUUGAAUUGACCGUUCUGAAAUCAGCUAAAGACGCUAAUCCUCGAGUAUGCAAUGUGUCCAAGAGACUGGAGGCAUUGGAAUCAAGUAUUCAGGAAAUUGAGAAGGACCUGGAAUGCAUUUACAGGAGACUUGUCAAAACAAGAGCUGCUCUUCUGAAUAUAAUCAACUACUACUCUGAGAGACCUCCACGACUUUUCCAACGACCUCCUUCAUUCCCCAACGACCCAACAAGCUCUACUUCGCCAUUGUCACAAGAGAUGGAUCAAUAUCUCUCAGAAGCGUCUCUAACUAUUUUGGACGCCUGCGGAACGUCCAAAGAGGUCAUCCUUCUAGUGAAGGAGCACAUACAAGAUGUAAGGUUUUCAUUGCGGCGAGCACCUAGUGGUGAACUAGGCAACGAGAGCCCAGUAGCAGGCUACUACCCUAGGAGAAAGAAGUUAAAGAAAGUGACAGUGAAGUGCCUGCGCUCACUGAAAGGAACGAAAGACAAGUUCUCCAAUCUAGACCUUUCUCCGGUCAAUCACACCCUCAACAUCGUGCCGGAAGUGCUAAGAGAAGUGAGGGCAACAGUCAUAGCUGUGGUGGAGUCGCUGUCGUCCCUAGUAAGUGUCCCCUGGCUGGACAGAAGAUUGGGCAAAGGGUUUGGCGCAACGAAGCUCAUGUUCUCAAGUAGCCGGAACCCAUGCAGUGUCUGGGAUGUCACUAUUCUACAGGACUUGGAGAAAAGGUUGGAAGAGUGUCCUUCGUACAAAAUUUAUGGCACUUGCGCUGUACUUACCCCGGAAAUAGCCAUUGACGAUCUCGAGCUAGAGUUGGAUUCCAUGUUCAGACGCUUAAUCCAGACGAGAGUUUCACUUCUCAACAUCCUCAGCUACUAGGAGGGACAUAUCUCAUCUGCACUUAGUGGCUAAGCCAGGGCAGACCUCCAGGGUGUUGUAAUGCACAA